AUGGCAAAAGAAACAAAAGCCGAAAGCGUUGACAGCUGGUGUUAUGAAGACGAGUUGUCAAUGCUUGAAGCAAAACGCAACGUCUUCUUUGAACUCGUCCAGGGUAUUUAUAAAAAGUCGCUAGUUGCCGAUACAGAUGCAGUGAGUCGCGAAAGUUUUCUUGACGCUGCUGACACUAUUGACGAACUUCGGACGGAGUUCAAAGAAGUGGUAAAUGAGUACAACCGCACGCUACUGAGGACUAAGAUGGCUGCUGUCCCUAACUAUCAGCCGCUCAUAGCCUUUGAAGAUUUGUACUGCCGCAUCAGGAGAGUGGUCAAGCGACUGCAACCAGCCGCACCGCCGGCCUCUUCGCCGCCUUUAUCGGUGGAGAGAGCUAGACCUUUGCCAACGAUGGAACUGGUAGCGUUUGAUGGAGACAUACGUAACUGGCCGCUGUUCUACGCUAGUUUUAAAUCGAGAGUGCAGUGCAGUGCACUUGCUGCCUCUAACAAUAAAAUGUCAAAUCAAGACUCAGCAUCUUCGUGUGACACGGUUUUGCUGUCCACCGCAAAGGUCAUCGUUCGCGACAGUAAGGGUGAAACGCAGGUUAUCAAAUGUCUGCUUGACACCGCGUCACAAAGUAACUUCAUUACUGAAGAAUGUUGUAGGCGCUUAGGUUUAACUUUUGAUAGGAAACCAAGCUCUGUAUUUGGCAUUGGAAAAACCAAGAAAAUUGUUAAGGGGAACGCAAACGUAAAAGUAUUUUCGCGAUUCGACGAUAAUGUCAACUUCGAUGUUUCGAGUUUGGUGGUCGAUCGCAUCACCGACGACCUGCCGUCAGUGCCCGUGGACAUGUCAGCACUGACACAUGUUCAUGGUCUCCCUCUAGCUGACGACACGUUGGAUACGCCCGUCGCCAUUGAUGUACUGGUGGGUGCAACUAUAUUUCCACAUUUGCUGCUGCCGCACAUCGUCAAAAGCGAAGUGGACUAUAUGCCACCAGCUAUACAGACGGUACUGGGGUAUAUUUUAAUGGGUUCGGUGCCUGCUUUACAGCCACCGCGUAAAUAUACUUCAGCUUGUUGCACUUCCGUGGAUUCCAUGGACCACCUCCUCAAAAAGUUCUGGGAACUUGAGGAAGUAUCCGCUCCGCCCGCUCAAAGCCAGGAUGACUUUGAAUGCGAGGAAUAUUUCCGCGCCACCACUACGCGCGACGCUAGUGGUAGAUAUAUUGUGGCAUUGCCUUUCCGAGAUGACGUGUUCAAGCUCGGAGAGUCGCAUUCGGCUGCUAAGAGGCGCUUUCUUUGUCUUGAAAGAAAGCUAGAGUCAUCGAGUGUGUUACGUGCCGCCUAUGACGAUAUAAUUCGUGAAUACGUCAGUAAGGAUUAUAUAUCGGACGUGACUAACUCUCUCAACGCGAACACCUCUUCAGCCCUCGCAUACAUAAUUCCUCAUCAUGCUGUCGUGCGUGAGGAUAAGACCACUACCAAAGUUCGUAUGGUCCUGGACUCGAGUAGCAAGACAACUACAGGCCUGUCGCUGAAUGAUGUCUUGCACUCAGGGCCCAAUCUUCAAGGGAUUUUAUUUUCAAUCCUCUUGAACUUUCGCUUAUUCAAAAUAGCGCUUUCAGCCGAUUGUCGCCAAAUGUUUUUACAGAUUGGUGUUCGCGAAUCGGACCGCCAGUUUCAACGAAUCUUAUAUAGAUUCCGCCCGGCAGAUCCCAUUUCGACAUACGAAUUUAACCGUGUGUGUUUUGGUAUGAAGUCGAGCCCAUAUCACGCGCUCCGCGUCGUUCACCAGCUGAUUGCAGACGACGGACAUAAGUUUCCAAUGGCAGCAGCGAUCGCAUCGUCCUGCACAUACAUGGAUGACGUAUGCUUCAGCAUUAUGUCAGAUGAUUCGCAACAGCGGGAUGAAUCUGUUGCUAUCGCUGCGGCUAAGGAGCUUAUUGACCUAUUCAAAUGCGGUCAAUUUGAUCUUGUCAAAUGGACCUGCAACUCAGAGACCGUGCUACGUGAGAUACCUGCUUCUCAUAGGGCUUCCGUAGACUUGGAAAUAGACCCAGGAGUCUCGCAAAAAGUCCUUGGCUUGUGUUGGAAUAAAUCUGGCGAUUAUUUCCAUUUCAAGGUGACAGAGCCAGAUCCAACGUGCACUAAAAGGACAAUCUUGUCUGCAGUGGCUCGCCUAUGGGAUAACGUCGGCUUAGUAGCUCCAGUUGUCCUUUACGCAAAACUCCUCAUACAGGAGCUUUGGUUGAUCAAAUGCGACUGGGAUGAGACUCCCCCGACCCAUAUUGUAAAUUUAUGGGAACGAUUUUGUUCUGAGUUGCCAAAAUUGAAUGAAAUUCAUAUACCGCGUCAUCUCGGGGUAGUACAAGGUUGUACUAUAAACCUCUUAGGCUUCGGUGAUGCUUCCGAGCGGGCAUAUGGAGGUGUAGUUUAUCUUCAGGUCAUAAACGGGAAUGAAGUGACAGUUCGAUUGGUGUGUUCCAAGUCGAAGGUCUCUCCCUUGAAGACAGUCUCUGUAGCGAGAUUAGAGCUGUGUGCUGCUGUCCUCCUGGCAAAGCUCAUGCGGAAGGUGCAAGAUAAUUUCGAGCCCCGUUACAACAUUAACGAGAUCUACGCCUUUACUGACUCGAAAGUUGCGCUCUGCUGGAUUCAGUCAUCACCACACCGCUGGCAAACAUUCGUUGCCAAUCGCGUUGUUAAGAUAAUUGAAGCUGUACCGGCCAGCUGCUUCCAUCAUGUGGCGGGCUUAGAAAAUCCCGCGGAUUGCUUGUCGCGUGGCCUGACGCCUACUAAGCUUGUGGAUCAUCCUUUGUGGUUUACAGGACCGGCUUGGGCAUCCAAGCAUCCAUCAGAACGAAUAACUUCUAACGACGCUUGCUCAGAUAGAAGCGCUCGUUAA